UCCUCCGAUGUCGUCGUGUCGUGUGCAAAACUGGCUCAGGCAUUCGCCAAUUGCCGGCGCGGCGCGGGGUCUGGCAGAAGCCCAUGGCGAUUGCUGGCAAGAGUGGCGCAACUGGCGAAUGAUAAUGUGCUCAGAGUCUGGACUAUGCCUGACCCUUCCGAGUUGCGCCAGCAAUCGCCAUUCGCUGUCGCUGCGCCAAGUGGUGCGCGCCAAUCGCCGCGGCUGGCGCGGUUGGGCGCAGUUUUGCCUUUCCAACAACUCUACCGUGCCGCCCAUCCGCUAACCAACCCCCGACCACACAGCUGGCGCGUCACCGAAAUCAGCCAGAUCCUCCUCGUCCUCCUCGACGCGCGCUGCCCGCUCCUCCACUACCCGCCCGCGCUCGCCGCGCACCUCGCGACCGCGCCCAUCCGCACGAUCCUCGUCCUCACCAAGGUCGACAUCGCCGGCCCCGCGCGCGCCGACGCGUGGGCGCGCUUCCUCCACGCGCGCUUCCCCGGCGUGCGCGUCGUGCAGGCCGAGGCCUACGCGCACGGCGAGCCGGAGGACGCGGAGGCGGGCAAGGGCAAGGGCACGUCCGCGCCGCGCCUCCCACGCGCGUUCCGCGAGACCCUUGUGAGCGCCCUGCGCGACGCGCACGCCGAGCUGCUGCAGCCCCGGGGGGACGUCCAGGACGAUGCGGAGAGGGAGUGGGAAUGGAACCCGCGCGUGCGCCGCGAAGUGGACUGGGAGCAGGUGCUCCACGCAACGGAUGGGCAGGCGGGUAGUGUCGUGAGCGGCGCUGCGGCUCCGCGCUCGCACCGGGAUGCUCCUGACGAAGAGGAGGGGACAGAGGGCAAGCACGAGGAGAAUGACGAGGACCCUGAGUUCCUCACGAUCGGGCUCAUCGGCCAGCCUAACGUCGGAAAAUCAUCUCUACUCAAUGCGCUGUUCGGCACGCACAAGGUGAAGGCAUCAAAGACCCCGGGAAAGACAAAACACUUCCAAACGCUGUUCUGGACACCCGAGGUGCGCCUCGUCGACUGCCCCGGGCUCGUGAUGCCCAACUUCGUGCCCAUGGAGAUCCAGGUGCGUCCCGCCACACGUCCGUAUCUCCUCCGCUGA